CCUGUGACGACACUCAAUAUCGCGCCGCGUCUCCCGCGAAAAAAGCCGAGAUGUCUGCACCAGCGACCGCAAACCGACCCAGCUAAGUUUCUACCGCUUUGGUCGGGGGUGAAAAGCUGGCGGAGGUAGACUAUACGCGCGUUCGAACCGGUUUCGAGAACCGUCCGGUUCGGCCUCUACCGGACCUCGGAAAGUUCCCCGUCGCGAAUUGUAAAAAUCGUGCAUCUGCGUCCGCGACCUAAUCCCGCGAUUUUCAUGUGCGUUUGGACGGCGGCAAGAAUCAAAAAAUCGCGCAGGUACAACACUCAUGUAGGCUCGGAAUAGACGACCAUCUCGCCGUUCUUCAGACUUGGAAUGAUUCCCUUUCUUGCAGUUGCUAAUCAACGUCGCUAAUCAGUCGAAUGUACGAAGUUCAUCGUUUCACACUGGUAAAUCGUUUCGGUUGGCUAAAAAAUCGGAUUUCUGGGUGCGAGUAACUGAAGCUGAACCGCAUUUCGGUAUAGAACGCCAAUCGGAUGAAAUUAGCAUGCUAGGCUAAAACGGAGCCUACAAAGAUUUGGGUGGCUAGAAAAUAGAGCUUCUAGCAAAGUGAUUAUACCUCAAUCUCAAUAUACCUGACAAUGCUGUCCCACCAGAUUUUUCUAACGACUUCCCAGCCUCGCACACUUUGAAUCAAAUAAGGACGAAGCCGAAAUCGUUUUAGAAAUAAUAGCGGAUCUGCAUCCUAACAUGGAGCAAAGCAAGAAAGAUUCGCACAUCUCUCCAUUUUCAUAGUGCCUACCUAAGACCUAAUAAUUGCAUUAUCUUGGACUUGGUUCAUCGCUCGUUUAUCAAGGUGCUUUUUUUUUAGUUCGAUGAUGAUUGGAUUUUUGAAUUCAUGAGUGAACAAAGAAGGGGGAAUUAACAUAAAACUGAAAAAAAACAAUUUUACUCCCAAUGAAUCGAUGCGCUCACUAAAAUAAAGAAGUCAUCAGAUUUUUAUUCCUAAGAUUUGCGUGCGUGUUGUGGAGUAAAGACAGAACGGAACAUUAUUUUGAUUAAUUUCAGACUCAUCGUGCUGUUGGCCGGGGUAUUAGAUCUUCAGUGGUAGAUCGCACGUCACUGCUGAUGACUCAAUGUAGGGUAACUUUUUCCGAGUCCUCUUCUUCGCGUCAAUUCUUUGCGAAAAAAUUCGCGGAAACCUGAGUGCUUGUCCGUUACCUUCCAGUUGAUUUAAAAGAUUCCAUCGGAUGCUCCGAUCCGUCAACAGGUAUAAUCGUUUUUUGAGACGCGUAAAAUAAACCCUGACUGCGGUGGAUGAAUAAAAUCGCGUAUCAACUUUUUGUUUGCAUCAGUCGAUUGAGGUGCUGUACUUAAUGUGAGAAACAAACUAGCCCCUUUUGAAGUUAGGAGUGAAACUCAUCUGCAUUUUUCUCUCAACUAAAGUGGUAAAAAUAUCUUUGUAUACUUGCGGCGACGAAAAAAAAUACCUACGGCUUUACUUGAUUUUGAUACCUGAAAAAUUGGAGAGUGUGCACGCAUCAAAACUCGGCUUCGUUAAAAUCAAUAAUUUUCAAAUUUCUAUCGGGUGCUCUGCAGUUCUUAAUCGCAACUCUACAUUUUUCCCCACACUGAGGCGCCAUUAUAAUAUCGUCAUCAAGUAAAACGCACCGUUAUCAGCAGAAGUUUUAUUGAAAAGACUGAUCGUCAGAAUGUUCUCAUACCGAUUUCAGCAAUCCAUCGGCCAACAAAUCAGUUACACGGUCCAUUACCACGACACAUAAUAUAGUCUUCAACCUUUAGAAGCCCUUCGAUUACAGCCCAAAGACAACUUCUCGAAAGGUGACUCAUAUUUAAUGAUGACGUCAGCGGUAUCUGAAUACAGGUAUCGAGGUCACACUGACCCGAACGAGAUCAUCACCACAGACUUGGAAUACUCGGAUGAAGACGACUAUGACAACGAUGACGAUGAGAACGAUGACGAUGACGACGAUGAUGAUGAAGAUGACGACGAUGAUGAUGACGACGAAGAUGAGGACGAAGAUGACGAGGACGAUGAUGACGACGAAGAUGACGUGAACAAUAUCGAGCAGUCUCCGUACCCAGGGUUCGUCCCGAUCUCACUCAAGUACUUGGAUCAAACCUCGAGGCCUCGGAACUGGUGUUUGGCGAUGAUAACUAAUCCAUAUCCUUUUCCAACAACAAUUUCAUGCUCAUUAAAACAUGUUCGCCCAAUUUGCUUCCGCUUUUGGCCCUGCACGUUGGAUGGACAGGAGUGAAA